UCUUCUAUCUUUGCACGACUCUUUUUUCCCUUACAAAUUUAUUUGAUUGCUUAACCGGCCUUAAUUAUCUACCUUCAAACUUCUCUCAUUUUAUUUAAAUUUUCCCGUGAAAGUGACAAUGUUUAGCUCGCUCUCUCUCUCUCUCUCUCUCUCUCUAUAUAUAUAUAUAUACAUAUAUAAUCCACCACUUCUACCGAAGUGUUAGGCGGGACCAUGGGAUGGUCUCAUGUGGACUGACUUGCAACUACGUAAUAAAGAGGAGCUUGUUAUAAAAUCACAGACAGACACAUAUGGAGGGUGAGGCAGAGGUGAAGCUAUUGGGGGCAUGGUUCAGUCCAUAUGUUCAGAGGGUGAAAUGGGGUCUGAAGAUGAAGGGAGUCCAUUACCAAGACAUAGAACAAGACCUCACCAACAAGAGCCCUCUUCUCCUCAACUCCAACCCUAUACACAAGAGAGUACCUGUCCUGCUUCACUCCCACAAACCACCAAUCUCUGAGUCACUGCUCAUCAUUGAAUACAUUGAUGAGACUUGGGAACACAACCCCUUGUUGCCUCUAAGGACCCUUAUCAAAGAGCCAUGGCUAGAUUCUGGGCUAAGUUUGCUGAAGAAAAGUUUACUAAAGUGACAAGGAAAACACUAUUUCUUGAUGGAGAGAAACAAGAAAAGGAAGUGAUGCAAGCCAUAGAUGCCUUAGAAAUCAUUGAAGGAGAGCUCAAGGGUAAGAAGUUCUUUGGAGGUGACACCAUUGCGUAUUUGGACAUUGUCUUGGGGUGGAUUGCUGUUUGGAUUGGAGAGGUUGAGGAGGUUGCAGGGAUCAAAGUGUUUGACCCUCUAAAGUUCCCCUGUUUGGAUACAUGGAUGGGUUGCUUUUUAGAGUUACCAUUCAUCAAAGAGGGCUUACCACCAAGGGAUGACUUGGUAGCCUACAUCCACAAGUUCUGUCAACUUGUACUAGCUUUACCUGCUCAAAUAUGAGAGGUUUCGACACGAAUUCUUGUUGUGCACGUGCAAACGAUCUAAGUCGUUUCGUGUUAUAUAACACGGUGUUGUUACAGAAAAUUACUGAAUCAAAAAUAAAGAGCUAGUUAUGUCAUGUUUCUAAUAUUAUUAUCUUAAUACACUUAAGAGGCUUUUCACCA